AUGUCUAGCGAUUCGCGGAACCUGUGUCGCCUGUGUCUGUCGAAGGAACGGAAGCUAACCCGAUUUUUCUCCAACGAACAUGGGAUCGACAACGAUCUACUGCGCAAGAUCUACGACUGCACGACGGUGGAGGCGGAUCAUUUUGAUGUGUUUCCAGUGGCCAUCUGUUCGCUUUGCGAGCAGCAGCUCAGCGAUUGGUACCGGUUCCGGGAAAAGUGUAUCGAAAAUGAUACCAUUCUGCACAAUCUGUUCGGCAUGGAGCGAAGUCGCCAAGCGGCGCACCGGUUCUCGAUCGGUGACAAACCGAAUCCACCGGCAGAACCUGUGCUGCAGUACGCCAGUGAGGUGGACGAGGAAGAGGACGACGUACGCAACGAGCAACAUAAUGGGCCAGCGAUCGCCACGCCAGUCGACGAAACGGAACCAUCAUCCACCACGCAGACGACGGUUCCCGAAACCCCCGAGUCCAUGCUGAUGGGUCUGUCGGUGCAACUGGAAGACGGUCGGUUCCAGUGUAUGGUGUGCAAGCGCACGUUCCGCAACGCGUACACCCUGAAGCGGCACCUCAAGCUCCACACGGAGGAGAACCUGUACGAGUGCGAGUACUGUGGGAAGCGGUUCAACGAUCGGUCAAACUGGAAGAUCCACCAGCGGGCCCACACCGGGGACAACCUAUACAACUGCCUGGUUUGCCUGAAGAGCUUCAUAUCGCCCUCGACGCUCAAGUAUCAUCGGCGGGCCCACCGGAAGCUGCGAUCGUUCGAUUGUCGCGUUUGCCAGGAAUCGUUCAACGAGUACGAGGAGCUCGAGGCCCACAUGCGUGACGCGCACCGGGGUGUCGCAUUGGAAGACCUGCAGAUGGACGAACCGCUGCUCGAUGCGGCCAAUUUCGUCAAGAUUGAGCUCGAAGACGAGGAGCAGCAGCAGCUGAGUACAACGCAGGAACCGCGGAACAAUGCCGACAGUAGCGGUCUACUCGUGACCGGAAGCGACAUCGAAGACGCUGACGAAGGUGAAGAGGAGAGCGGCCACGGGAGGGGGGACGGAGAGUGUCACCUAGUGGGGCCCAGUGCGGAGGCCCAGAGGCACCAUCCGCAUCAUCCUCCACUUUCGAAGGCCAGUGACGAGCAGAUUAUACUAGAUGGUUCGCGGCAGGAACCGUUGGCCAUGGAAACUGCUGCAGACAUACCGAUCCCGGUGCAGCCACCGGUGGGCAUCAAACAGGAGCUUCCCGACGUCGUAAAGCAGGAACCGUUCGAUGAAGACAUGCUCGUGACCGAUCCUCGCGAGCUACUUAUGAUGGAGGAAGCUUCGGAGGGCCAAGAGGAGGAAAAAGAGGUAAGGUAGUGUUGUCUGCCGAGUAGCGCACCGUCUUGAUUCUAAUUCCCGUCCCCAUUACAGUCCAACCGAGGCACCGUAAUACUGUUCCGGUGUGAUUAUUGCAUGCAGAUAUUCCACUUUCUGGAUGACCUCAAUGCCCACAUGGAGCUGCACAACGGUGCGAACGGACCCCAUCAGAACGGUGCUGGUGUCGUGCUAGGUUCAGCCGCUGCCAUCCCUCAUCAGGCGCAGGCCGCGACCCCCGAUAGUCGACCACCUUCGCUACUGAAACCAAUGAUGCUUCGGAAUGUCGGUACAACCGAACUGGGCGGUUCCUCGAUGGUCACUGGCACAACUCGGUUGCAUCCGAUGCCCGGCAACAUGCAGAUCGUGUAUCACUCCACGCAACCGGACAUACGACCGGUGCCGGCACCAGCGACCAAUCGAACCACCGACUGUCAGCCCCUGUUGUUUCUGUCCCCCGCAGCAAACGGUGCCGGUGGGCUUAAACGGCGCCACUCGUUCGAACCGGAUGUGGCCGACCUGAUGAACGUGACGCCGCCGGAGCACCAGUGCACCAAGUGUUCGAAGCGGUUCCGCACCGAAGAGCUGCUACGCGUGCACGAAGCGACCCACGAGAACGACGCACUGGUCAAUCGGGUCCGCAGCUGCCGGAUUUGCAACAAGGUGUUCAAGUGUGAGCUCAAUUUGCAGGCGCACAUGCGGAAACACAACACAACGCACCACUCACUGAUCAAGUUCUCCGGUUCGAGCGGGGACGAUGACCAACACCCGGAAGGUAGCGGCGCUGGCCCUGGUGAUGGUGGCCGCAGUGGCAGCGAAUCCGCUUCUUCCUCUAGCGCCGGCGAAAAUGAAGGAGGAUCGAAAGAGGAUCGGCAACCGCCGGCCGAAGCGGCCGAUGGCGGUGCGUCUUCGGAAUCGCUCGGCGAUAGUGAAGGCGAAGUGGGACUUACAUCCUCCGAAUCGUCCUCCGGCAAUGGAGCGCUAGCGGUGAUGGCGGCAGCGGCCGCAGCGGCCGCCGCGGUAGCAGCAGGGCGGAAAGGCCCGGUGCGGAAGUGUGAAAUUUGUGCCAUCAGCUUCGACGAUGCGACGUACCUCGAGCAGCACGUGCUAAGUCACUUUGCGCGCAACGAGGCGGUCUCGUUCAUCCCGUCCGCCGACCGGCCGUUCAAGUGUACCGAGUGCCACAAGCGGUUCAAGAGAAAAGACUAUCUGCUCAUCCACAUCCGGACGCACACGGGGGAACGGCGCUACAAGUGCGACCUCUGCUCGAGCGCCUUCGUCCACCCGUCCAACCUGAUCACGCACCGGAAGCUGCACUCGAACGAGCGGCCCCACAAAUGCGACCUGUGCAAGGCCACCUUCAAGCUGUACGCCGGCCUGAAGAUCCAUCGGAGACGCUGUGUGAUGAAAAACUUGUCCGAUAGCUUCUCCUUCGGCGACGACGGUUCGGCGUCGAGCGCAGGAACUGAUCCAAACGCCGCUGUAGCAGCAGCCGGAACGUCAGUGCAUCUGGUCCAAUCUGCGGGCCGACUCUCACUGUAGUCCUCUCACCCCCCCGGGCGUCACAUCUCUCUAUUGUAUUUGUAAAUAUUUUUGGGCUCGCCCCCUUCCGGGUGGGGAACACAACCGGACAGGCGGCUGGCAUCCUCCUAAGCUAGAGGUUCCUAUUGCGCACUGAGUGGUGAGUGGCGGAAGAUGAUAAGUCUGAUUGAUUAGCUUCUCGUCCCUGGGUGUGGUGCGCGGUUACUUAGCGCACCAUCCUAUGCCUAGGGCCCCAUUCUCUUUCUUUUUGCGUUUUCAUUUCUCUUUUGGUUUUUGGUUUGGUAUAGCGCCAUUUGCUGCCAUCACAGCGACCCCAGUCUCUUGUUUGAUAAGGAAUCCCUCGCCCAACCAAGUGAGUUACAUUCAUGUGCCGUAGUAGAUAGUCGAAUCCGAUAGCAAAGCCGCGUUUUGUAUUCGUAUCAGGUAUUAUUGGUUAAGCGAAGCAAAAUUGAA